UGAACAUGAAUGUUAGGGAAAAAAAAUGUUCUAAUGUUCUAUUCUACGUUCUAGAAACUUUUAAACCGUUGUUCCCUCACCUGCCUCUUAAUUUCUUAAUUUCUCAAUCAUGAAGCAAACAGAAAAUGAUUAUAAGCUGCUACUCAUCACCAUCAUCAACGAAAUGACCAGUUCACUCAGCUUGGUCAUCCUGGUGAUGGCCUCAAUGGUGGUAGCAGUGGCCGAGGUGUCAGCACCCAGGAAUCCACAGCGACUACGGGCUAAGCCUACUAAGAAGCCCCCUCAGGGUGGGGAAACUUCUUCAGUGCCGCCUACCCGCCUGAGUGUUCGCUUCACCACCACCAUGGCUCCUAUCCCUUCCAGCAGCGCCUUGCCUGAGGAGACCACGGAGUCCAUCACGGAUUCAUAUUCGUCUUCCACCGAGAGCAGCACCUACUCCAGUGACGCCUAUUCAGCUGACUACCACACAGAGGCUAUGUUGCCACCUGGAAUGGGUCCCCGGAACUACACUCUGGACUACAACGAGUGCUUCUUCAACUUCUGUGAGUGCUGUCCACCAGAGAGGGGCCCUCCAGGACCCAUCGGAGAGAAGGGGUCGCCAGGUGUUCUGGGGCAGAAGGGAGAGAUGGGACCUCAGGGAGCAACAGGACCAGCAGGACUUCCUGGAGCUCCUGGACUGCAGGGAGAAAAAGGAGAUCCAGGACAAGCGGGAGAGAAAGGGAUUCCAGGAAUACCAGGUUCUACUGGCAAACCAGGAGAUAAAGGUGAACCAGGUCUUAAAGGAGACAAAGGAGAUAUUGGCCUGCCUGGAUUGAAAGGUGAACUAGGGAACAGAGGGGAACCUGGCCAGAAUGGGAGCAAAGGAGAGAAGGGUGAGAUGGGCCUGCCAGGACCAAUGGGACCUGUUGGACGAGAUGGCAUGAAGGGGCUAAAGGGUGAAAAAGGAGAAAUAGGGGAACAAGGAACAAUGGAGAAGGGUGAAAAAGGUAACAAAGGUGAACCUGGGCCUCCAGGACCUAAGGGAGACAUGGGCAAGCCAGGACUGAAUGGCACAGAGGGACCUCCUGGUGUAAUGGGCCAAAAAGGAGAUACAGGGUCUCAAGGUCUACAGGGAGAGCCAGGUAAAAGAGGACCACCUGGACCACCAGGGCAAAGAGGCAUGCACGGCCUGAAAGGAAUGAGAGGUCCUAAAGGGGUACGAGGCCAAAGGGGAAUGAAGGGCUCAAAAGGAGAACCGUUCAUUCAGAAGCGCUCUGCCUUUAGCGUAGGACUCUUCCCUAGCAGAUCCUUCCCUCCUCCUGGCCACCCGGUCAGAUUUGACAAAGUCAUCUACAAUGAGGAAGGACACUGGGACCCCUACAUCAGCAAGUUUAACUGCACUCAUGGAGGCGUUUAUGUGUUUUCCUACUACAUCACCGUUCGCAGUCGUCCUUUACGGGCCGCUUUGAUAGUGAACGGGGUUCGAAAACUGCGCACUCGCGACUCCCUCUAUGGCCAAGACAUCGACCAGGCCUCCAACAUGGCACUGAUCCGACUGUCCUCCGGUGACCAGGUGUGGCUGGAGACACUGCGGGACUGGAAUGGAAUUUAUUCCAGCAGCGAAGACGACAGUACCUUUUCUGGCUUCCUACUCUUCGCUGAUGCCACUAAGGAAUGACAACUAAGAACAACUAAGAAAAUGGACCUUUUGCUUUACUACACAUGUGACCAGUGCCUGUUGCAUCAGAAGCCACCUAUUUUACCCGAGCCUCAUACUGAAGCCUCAUAUGCUUACUAACAGUAACUGAUCAGCUACUAAUAACUCUGCUUCGGGCCGUAUCUUCUGAAAUUCAUAUCAGAGUGCACCUUCAGGGACGGUUUUCCAGACACUGACUAAUUUGUGUACUAAACAGAAUUUUCAUUUUAUAGGGGAUAUGUAGAAUAUGGAAUGGAAUUCAUGCCAUAGUGAAAUGCAGUCAUUAUGGUGGGGAAACUGUGGAAUGUAAUGCGUGCAUUACUGUUUAAUGAUGCCAUGUGUAAAGUGGGCCAAAUUGAAACGUAAAACCUUUACACAACCCCCACCCUCCCAAACAUUUAUAAAGUAUUUAUACGUGAAGUAGCAUUGCUGCCUCACAGCUCCAGAGUCCCAGGUUCGAUCUUGAGCUCAAACUCAACUGACUGUGUGGAGUUCUGCAUGGUGUCUGCAUGGGUUUCCUCCUACCUCCCAAAAACAUGCCAGAGGGCAGAUUGGCUACACUAUCUUGACUCAUGGCAUGAAUGUAUGUGUUCAUUUUGCCCUGUGACAUCCAGGCUGUCCUUACACCUAGUGUCCAUUUUUCCUGGGAUAGCCUCUGGUGCCAUCAUGACCCUGAUUGUUAUAAAGCAGUAACUGAAGACGAAUGAAUGAAGGAAUUAAUUAGGUGAUAAGCAUGUCAUUUAAUUGUUCUCUGAGAUAAUGUGCAAGUCUGCGUUCCAUGCCAGAAUUUGGGGCGUGCUUGAGAAACUAGUCAGAGGUAAUUGCCUGGGAUCAAGUACAAGUUUUAUUUUUGGGGGGUAAAUAAACACUAUUUCACUUGAGCUAUUGUUAAAGACAUAUUUUCAUAAAACAGAGAAGAAGAACUGAUUAUGAUGAUGAUGAUGUGUUUGAUACUUGGAACAAUUCUACUAACCAACUUUUCCUGGGUAUUUGCAAUUAAAUUUGCGAAUCCUUUUAAUCGCACUUGAGGCUUAAUGCACCACUUGGAAGUCUAUUUGUAAACAUCCGAGAUUUGGUAAAGGACAAUAAUUAUAUUUUGUCGUAGCAUGUUUAAAACGUUUCACCAAGAAAUGCAAUACAGCUUGAAUUCAAUUCUGGCAUAAAUUCAGCAUUUUAUUCUUACAUUGUUUUUCAGCAAAGAGUUCGAGCACCAUGAACCGGACUUCUCACUUUUGGCAUGUCACUACUGAAACAAUGUCACUUGUGCAUUGCAUGUGUUCUUUAUGUACUUUGUCAACUUAAUGGUUGCGUCUCAUUGUGACGUGAAUUCCUCUCCACAGCAGCACUGCUCAUAUACAUAGUUUCCUGUUUGUACAAUAAAAACAUGGCACUUGA